UUGAAAAUAUCCAACAUGCAUGCAACAUUUCAUCAAGUUGCAUGCUAUUUUUGUCAACAAUUUUUACAAGGACACGUAAUCUUUCCUUGGUACGCAUGCGCACUUUGGAUAGGAAUUCCCUACAUCCGCAUCUAAACACGCGAAGCUAUCGACCAGCUUGGGUGUUGUGUUGGUAAAUGUCCAUAUUUUCGGUGUUGUCAACCGCCCUUUUUUCGUAGUUAAUUUAUACAAAGCAAGAGACGAUGGCGAAGAGUCUCCUUGUUGCGUACGUGUUAUGGUUCAUUGGGGGUUGGCAGGGUUUACACCACAUUUACCUGCGAAGAGACCGACACGCUUUCGUUUGGAUCUGCACUCUUGGUGGCAUAUUUGGUCUUGGCUGGCUUAGAGACAUGUGUCGAUUGCCAGAUUAUGUCUCCGAAGCUAAUGAAGAUCGGGAGUAUUGUGAAGAACUGAAGGAGAAAAUGAGGAGACGGUCAACACCUAAGUUUAAUAAUGUCAGAUUCGCUGGAGAACUCUGCAUGGGACUGUUGUUGGGUUAUCUGACAUAUUCUGCUGUCCCAGAGGAAUUCACAGAAAAAAUGGAUAUUUUCAGUGCGUCUCGCAUGUUUGUGCUGGGCUUAAGCGCAGUAGGUGUUGCUGUUGGUGUGUGGAUAGUAGCUAACAUAGGUCAUGAGGAGGGGUCAUUCUCCUGGGCAAUGCUUGGUUCUGGAAUCCUCUAUCCCUGGUAUCUCACUAACACUGGGGCACUAGCAUAUUCUGCCAUUACUUCAGCCAUUGCUGUUAACUGGAAGGGGAAAUCUUGGAAACCAAAGAAAAAGAAACGUGGGCUAUGCAUACGAUUAUUUUUGCUCUCAUUAUGCUGUGCUAUUUAUGUAUCUCUUUGGAUAUCAGCGUUUUAUUUCAAUGCAUACAUAACAACCAAAGAUGGAGAGAGUGUUAAAAUCAGAGUAGCUAUUCAUAACUUUUUCAAGUCUCCUGCUUGGGCAGAGACUAAGUCAACAUUCAAACAGCUGUAUGAAUUUUACAAACUGCAUGGAUUUGGAAGAUUAUGGGAACAACUAGUGGAUGCCUUAGAUCCUGAGGGAGAGAACAAUGCCCAAAAGGUACUUGGUAUUAACAGUAGCACUUCCCAGAAGGAGAUUAAUGCCAAAUGUAAGAAACUUUCCAGACAGUGGCAUCCUGACAGGUUCAAGCUUCCCAAAGAGAAAAAAGAAGCAGAAGAAAAGUUUAUUGAGAUACAGAAGGCCUGUGACCUUGUGUCUGAACUGAGAAAUAGAAGAGCGAACAGGAAUAAGAGAAGGGACAGAGAUGAAUUUUAAGAACUCUUUUCUGAGUUUUUUAGAUAUUUUUUUAAAAUUUUGAUUGUAUCCAGUUUUACCUAACACCCUGUAUGUUAGUAAGAGGUGGCCUUUUGUGCCCCAAGCGGUAUUCGUGAAGAGACAGCUUACUCAGAAUUUCACUACUUCCAUGAGAUAUCUCUACAUUACCUAAGAAAUAAAUCAUGCAACGCCUUUAAUUUGUGGUAUCUCAACUUCAGUUUCCCCAUGUACAACAUUUUACAGAUUGUGGGAAUGGGAGAAGCAUGUCUUUCUACAAUUAGAAAAUCUCAAUUUAUUUACCAAAGAAAGCAAUAUAGAAUAUGAAACAAAUUAUACUGGUACAUAUGAUAUAUUUUUUAGAUAAGAUGGAUUGAUUUUUACUAAGAAAAAGUUAUUUAUGGAGUGGUAAGAGUGGCUUCUAGGUUCAUUUUACCAAUAUAAAAUAAAAAUAAGAGUAAUGCUAUGUAGAUAUGUUAUAUUGUCCUCAGUAAAAUGUGAAAGAAAAUACCAAAUAAAUUGCGUGUAGUUUAGAAUUGCUCAAUGUAAUAAAUGGCUGCUUAGUUUAAGAUCAGUAGGUUACCCAGCAAGUGUAUUCUUAAACAGAUUUUAAUAUGAUUUUUUUCUUUUGCCAUGUGUUUGAAACCCCCAACUCCACUGUGUGACAGUGUAAGUACAGAUUUUAAUUUCUGUUUGCGAAAAUGCAAAGGGCACUUGAAAUAGAUGAGAUAUAUUUAGGUAGCCUAAUAAUGCAAUGUCCUCUUGCCAAGUUCCUUAUUGAGUGAUUUUAGAUGGAGUGUAUUGCCAUCAUAGCAUCAUGCAUCUACUAAGCAGUGAAAAAACUUCAUAUGUAUUUUUUUUACUAUUUUGAUAAAGAGGAAAAAUAUACUUUUUCUUUUUUGUUUAAUUUUUUUUUUUAAUUU